GUGUGGUGAGCAGAGAGAUUCGAUUCUGCCAGAAAAUGGGAUUACCAAUCUUAGGCAUUAUAGAAAAUCUCUCUGGAUUUUGCUGCCCCUGUUGCUCUGAAGUGAGCCAGGUAUUUUCAUCAGGUGCUGGAAAAUACCUUGCAGAAAAAUACAGCAUACCCUUCCUAGGCUCUCUGCCUAUUGACCCUAGCAUGUCAUCAGUACAGCAAAGGGGAUUGUCCAUGAAAGAGGAACACCCUCACUCCGGUGUCUCAGAGGCCAUGAGCCACAUUAAAAGGAGGGUUAUAGAGGCUGUAGAAAACUAGAGAAUGAGAUGCAGGAUUUUUUUUUUCUUUUUUUUCUUAGGAACUAAGAGGUAUGCUGUAUACAUACUUGCAAAACAGAAAUUUGUAUAUAUAUUUUUAAAAUACAGAAGGUAAAUGUAUAUUGAUAUAUAAUAUAAUAUAUAUUUCCUAAAUACGGAAAAUAACCUCAGAGUAGGUAAGAGAUGGGGACCUUCCAAGUGAGCCCUGUCCUCUAUUUUGAAGUGUAUUUGAAUAAGAAAAGUGUGAUGUAUUGUGAAAAAUAUAUUUUGUUACUGUUAUUUGUACUGUAUAAAAGACUAUCAACAAAA